AUGGCGCCCGCAGAACCAAACGCAAUCCCAUUUCGCCCAAAGGGCGAGAUACCCUAUUUCGAGGAGGAGAGGGAAGGUUGGAAGGGAUACAUUGAAUGGGAAAAGCACCCCGAGAAGAAGAAGCAGGUGGAGGAGGUACUGAAACAAUAUGACUUUCCCGACCCUCCAGAGUUUCAGUUCGUCCCACUGCCGAAGACCAACCCGAUCUUGACUGGAGAGCGGUUCAAACAAUACCACUAUGCUACAGGGCUCGGCCAUCUCGUCGACAUCAGCUGGCAGUACGUGCUCAAGGAAAAGGCCGCGGACAUGACGCAUGUUCUCCAGUUUCCCUACAACGGAGAACCCCCCCGGAGUAAGUCUGCUGGCGUCCAUCAUCCGUGUCGAGAGAAAAAUGCCUUAUCUAACCAAGAGCUUCGCUACAUCCAGGACCGCCUUGUUUCCACUGAGAUCACCCGCAACGAAGACUUCUUCGUCCGCAACCAUGGCGGUGUUCCCGAAAUCGAUCCUGAGAAGUACUACCUCGAAAUCGAAGGCCUCGUCAAGAACCCCCAGCGCCUCACCCUUAAGGACCUGCAGGACGAAUCGAAAUUCCCUCGCCAGACCAACGUUGUCAGUCUCCAAUGCUCCGGCACUCGCCGCCUUGAACAAAUCCACCAAUAUCCCGGUGAUGGCGACGAGCUCAUCAACGCUCCCUGGGCCGAAGGCGCCAUCGGUGCCGCCCGCUGGACCGGUGUCUCUCUCAAAAAAGUGAUCAAGUAUUGCGGUGGGUUGAAGGAUGACGCCAUGCAUAUCGAGCUUUUCGGUGCCGAUACCUACUUCAAGAAGGGCAAGGUCUACAACUACGUCGUGUCCGUUCCCUGGCGCAAGGUCAAGAUCAACGAAGUGUUACUGGCCUGGGAGAUGAACGGCGAGCCGCUGCCCAAGCUCCACGGUUUCCCCCUCCGCGCGGUCGUCUUCGGCUACAUUGGCGCCAGAAGCUGCAAGUGGCUGUACAAGAUCCGCGGUAUCAAGGACCCGAGCGAGGCGCCCGUCCAGAGAAAGGAGUACCUCUACUAUACGCCCCAGAUCGGCAAGCAGAACGCCUUGUACAGCAACGGCUUCUCGAUCCAGGACAUGCCUGUGUCUUCGGCGAUUAUCUCACCCAAGGACAUGGAUGUCAUCACACACGACGGAAAGGUCAAGCUGAAGGGCUGGGCGUACUCGGGUGGUGGACACUGGCCGAUUCGGGUGGAGGUUAGUCCCGAUGGAGGGGCCAUCUGGUAUGAAGUGCCGACGGAGAAUAUGUCGACUAAGUAUUACUAUGCUUGGCGACUGUGGGAGAUCGAGUUGCCCCUUGAUCCUGAGGGUUGGCUGGAGUUUUGCGUGAGGACGUGGGAUAGCGCGUUGAACACGCAGCCCACAUACGUCAGAUCUGCCUGGAACUGGGAUUUGCACGUUACUUCCUCUUGUCAUCGUAUCAAGAUUUACAGCAUCAACCGCUCAAAGCCGGCUACCGCAGCCCGUCUGAAGGCCUUGGAAGAGAAUGGCUUAUCGAUCACGCCCAUCACGAAACCUUUGGCACUCGAACUCGAGACGGACGAGCAAUACCAGGCGUCUAUGGGAGAGCAACAUGGACGGGAACCUCUUGAGUAA